UCACAUCAACAGGUGUGCAUACAAAAAAAAUACCCAGUUCCUUUGGUGUUGCAAUAUAGCUGCAUAAGUUCUAAAUGCAUACAUGCAUGUUGUUUUUGUAGGCAAGGGGACGUGAGUUGAGUUUGGGCGGUUGUGCCAAGCACGUGCAUUUUAACCGAUGUGCCUCUGAACAGCAGAACUCUGAGGGUCUUGAGCUUCAUCAAAUGUUCAGUUGAGGUUUGGGCCUCAUCCCUGUGUGCUCUGAGUCUAACUUAUCUAAUACAUCACUGGACCGAAGUAAGACUGCUUCGUUCUGAGGUAACUGGGGGCCUUAGUUCGACCAAUGACCAGCCGACGUCUACAUUGCGAGCAGGUUCUCCACAGGGAAACUAUUUCGACUGGCGAGAGCUGCGGUCCACCUGCUGCGUUUCAAACUGCGGGUUGCAUUAUCGUCUGCAAACAGUUGCAGGUAUCUCUUCCCAUUAUGGACAAUGCAUUGGACAGUCUCAUGAAAACGGAAUUCAUAAACGUUGGUGUUGGGGAUCCCAGGUUCCAUCGUGAUGACUUCUGGCACACGCACACAGACUAUGAGAUAUGUCUACAUACCAAUAGCAUGUGUUUUAGGAAGAAGGCUUCUUGUGUCAGGAGGCGGUACAGUGAGUUUGUGUGGCUGCGCCACUGUCUGCAGCAGAAUGCUCUGAUCAUAGAGUUGCCCAAGCUUCCCCCGUGGAAUCCCUUCUUCAGCAUGACCAACAAGGAGCAAGUCACCCAGAGGAUGAAGGGCCUUCAGGAGUUCUUGGAAAUUGUGCUGGAGACGCCCCUGCUGCUGUCCGACAGCCACCUCCACCUCUUCCUCCAGUCGGAGCUCAGCGUCCCCAGGAUCGAGAGGUGUGCCCGGGGCGAGACCCGCUACUCUGUGGCCGAGGCCAUCCAGCGCUCCAGCGGCUGCCUCAUCUCCUCCAGCUUUCCCCUGGACUACACGGGCAAGGGGUACUCCGACUCAGACUGUGAAAGUGCCUCAUCAGGCUUGGGAUUAAGUGGCGACGUCCACUCGAGAUGCAUCGGCCUCCCCUGCCUGGAGUCUUCCAGCGGAGACCACGAGUUGUUCUGCACCCUCUCUCGUUCGCCCUCGGAAGAGAAAAGCAUGCCUUCUUAAGUUUUACUCGCUGAUUUGGUGUUUGAACUAAUUGUUUUUCCCCCCACCCCCCCCCCAACUAAUUGUUAUCUAUUUCAGUCUCUUCCCCUACUUUUGUUCUUAACAGUGCAUUUGUUUCAAUGCAGUCAGCGUAGUUGCCGACUGGGUCUUGUAACGUUCUGUCUAAAGGAAUUAGACCAGUACUUUGUCCCUGUAAAAUAUUUUUAAAUGUGUAUCAAACCUCAAAUGGUACAUUUGGGGGGGGGGGGGGGGAUUGAUGUGUAAUCUCUGUAUGCAUGUAAUCUUAACUGUUGUAUUAGAGUCUAGCAAGGGAAAUGUGUUUAUAAUGGCAGUUUUUUAGAAUGAUAUGUAUUUAUAUAUGAAAAAUACAUUUUUUUUUUAAUGGAUGAAUAAAUGCCUCUCUUUAAACAGAAAACGACUUCUUUG